GCAAACUCAAGGAAAAGAUGUUUAACGAAUAAUUAAAUCGGAAAAGGGAAAAAUUAGGAGGAAAGAAAAAAGGAAAAAAAUUGAGCUCGGAACCCUAGCAAUCGAAGCGAGAGGUUGAAGACAAUCUCAAUCGCUCAAAUUCAAAUUCAUCUAAAAUAAUUGCAGUAAUUUUGUUCUGAAUUCGUUCACAAUCGCUACAGAGAAAAAAAUGGUGAAGAAACGUGUGCCGGAUUGGCUCAAUAGCUCUCUUUGGUCCUCUACUCCUUCUGUCGACGACGAUCGCCUCCACCGCUACACUUCCGAGCCGGCAGCCACCACUUCUUCGCCGGAACCCGUCGUUGAACCCCCUGUCCCGGUUCCUCCUCCGUCUGCGAGCACCGCCAUUAGAACCGAGUCUCCUAAGUCUGAUAGAGACUCCAGGGCUAAUAACAAUGUCACCAACGACGAUAAUGGCACUUCCUCAGGCCCUUCUGCUGAGGAUGUAUCUCGCCAGGCACAGCUUAUUGUAGAGUUGUCGAAGAAGAUCAUAAAUCUGCGUGAAUUGCGUAAAAUUGCAUCUCAGGGCAUACCGGAUGGUCCAGGAAUUCGUUCAACCGUCUGGAAACUCCUGUUGGGUUAUCUGCCACCAGAUCGUGGGCUCUGGACAUCUGAGUUAGCUAAAAAGAGGUCUCAAUACAAGCAUUUUAAAGAAGAGCUUUUGAUGAAUCCUGUAACAAAAAACGAUAUGCUGCAAUCAGUUUGUAUGUACAAACAUGGUUUUCUUAAUGUUUUUGUGGCUAGUCAGUCCGAAAUUUCAAGGAGGUUGGAGAAGGCCAAAAGUUACGAGCAUGAUGAAACGAACAAGGGUCCACUCUCAAGGUCAGAAAUAAGUCAAGAGGAACAUCCUUUGAGUCUUGGGAAAACCAGCAUCUGGAAUCAGUACUUCCAGGACUCUGAGAUUAUAGAACAGAUUGACCGAGAUGUAAAGCGUACUCAUCCAGAUAUGCACUUCUUCUCUGGGGACUCAUCACUUGCAAAAUCUAACCAGGAGGCUCUGAGAAAUAUCUUAAUUGUAUUUGCAAAGUUGAAUCCAGGAAUUAGAUAUGUUCAAGGGAUGAAUGAAAUUUUAGCUCCUCUAUACUAUGUAUUUAGAAGCGAUCCUGAUGAGGAUAAUGUGGCAUCUGCUGAAGCAGACACGUUCUUUUGUUUUGUUGAGUUAUUGAGCGGAUUUAGGGAUCAUUUCUGUCAGCAACUGGAUAAUAGCGUUGUGGGAAUUCGUGCCACGAUCACAAAGUUGUCUCAACUUCUGAAGGAGCAUGAUGAAGAGCUCUGGCGUCACCUUGAGAUCACAACCAAAGUAAACCCCCAGUUUUAUGCGUUUAGGUGGAUCACUCUCCUCUUGACCCAAGAGUUCAAUUUUGCAGACAGCCUUCACAUAUGGGAUACAAUUUUGAGUGAUCCUGAGGGUCCUCUGGAAACACUCCUCCGAAUAUGCUGCUCGAUGUUGAUUCUCAUUAGACGACGCUUACUUGCAGGCGAUUUUACGGCUAAUCUCAAACUGCUCCAACACUAUCCCCCAGCAAACAUCAGUCAUUUGCUCUACGUCGCAAACAAGUUGCGCAAACAACCUUCAAUCUGAUCUCUCUUUUCAACGCCAUAGUUCUUCUUGCGCUUCCUUUUCCUGUUUGAUUUUUUUUCUCUCUCUAAAAUAUUCUAGUGUUGGUCAAUUACUGGAUGUAAAUGUUGGUUGAAAGAAUGAAUUAUAGGGGCAGGAUAUAAAAGGAUUGUUCAUUAGUUGUUGACUUGUAGUAGUUCUUCUUCUUGUGUUUACAGGACUUUUGUGUAUCUUUUCUGAGAGAUUAGUAGUGAGUGAUAUUUUUCAAGGUCUGAUCCUUUUGUAGUUUGCACAAUUUUGGCUCAUUGUUUAUUCAAAUUUCCUCGUUUGAGUUUCUCUUCAA